UCUGCCGCCGAUGCUUCAGUCCUCUAAUACCGAGAUCAAACCGACUCAGGAUCAGCUUAGACUUCUAGAGGCCGCGUCGGGUUGAACCUAGGCUAAAAACAAGCCCCUGAUCCCGGAUCAGCAGUCGAUGAGAACCAUUUUCCUCCGCCUUCUCGUUUCACUCGCUUCCACACCAUUCAGGAAGGAAGUUAUUCCUGUUUGCCAGAUCCAGAGAAACAGACAAGCUAAAGUUAAUCCUUUUAGCAGACCUCGGCAGAUCGGACAUGCGAUCGGUGUGCCUUUCUUUUAAGCUGGCUACUACACACGCGGCCGUCUGAGGGCGUUUGCUUUGCUGAGUGGGAUUUGUGUUGUUUUCGGCUUGCAUUCCCGAGCUGAGCCAACUCCCAUGUUAGUUUAGUUCAUAGGUGCUGCCGUUUCCUCUCUGAUUCGGACUAUUUUAGCUCAGGAAUUUCCUGCGAUGGGGUGCUGUGGUAGCACAGAGAAAAAGCAAGACUGGAAGCCUCUGGAGGAUCGCAGGUGCACAGACAUACCAUGGCUGAUCCUUUUUGCCUUGUUCAACGUUGGAAUGCUCUUCAUUUGCGGGUUCGCAAUAUCAACGGGAGCGGCCUCCAGACUCAUAUCAGGCUAUGACAGCUACGGAAACAUCUGCGGACAGAAGAACACCGAAAUCCCAGGGAUCGAGCACAGCGGCCAGGACCAAACUUUAAAGAAGUACGUCUUUUUCCUGGAUCCAUGCAACAUUGACAUAGUGAAAAGGAAGAUCAACUCUGUAGCCCUCUGCGUCUUCAGAUGCCCAGAGACAGAACUCCAAACUUAUGAUGACCUCAGAAAAUUUGCAUUCACCAACGGUUCUAAGUUGUGCUCCUAUGAACUGACUCCUGAGAGAUACAGUGAUGACCCAAACAAGGCUACAAAAUGCCCCAAACUUCCAGUUCCUCCAAGUAAGUCUUUGCCAGUGUUCCACCGCUGCACUCCGGCAGAUAUCUCCUGCUAUGCCAAGUUUGCUGAGGCGCUCAUCACUUUUGUGAGUGACAACAGCGUGCUGCACAGGCUCAUUACCGGAGUGAUGACCUCAAAGGAGAUCAUUAUGGGGCUGUGUCUGCUCUCGCUAGUUCUGUCCGUAAUUCUGAUGGGAGUGAUCCGCUUCAUCUCAGCACUUCUGGUGUGGCUUCUAACAGCCAUCGUGGUGCUCGGUUCCCUAGGUGGAACUGGAGUCCUCUGGUGGCUCUAUGUGGAUCACAGGGUAUCUGCCAACACCACACUGCCUGCUAAUGAACUGCAGGUGGCUAAAGAUAACGAGAAAGCUCUGCUCAUCUAUGCCAUAGCAGCUACAAUCUUCACGCUGGUCCUGCUGUUGCUGAUGUUCUUCAUGAGGAAACGAGUGGCUCUGACCAUCGCUCUGUUUCGUGUGGCCAGUAAAGUGUUUGGCCACUUGCCUCUGCUGGUGCUGCAGCCUUUCUGGACAUUCCUGACCCUCAUGCUUUUCUGGGUCUACUGGAUCACUGUACUCCUCUUGCUCGGAACAGCAGGAAAUCCAGUAAAGAAUAACCAAACUGGUUUGGUGGAGUUCAAGAUGGAUGGGCCACAGCAGUAUAUGGUGUGGUACCAUGCGGUUGGUCUCAUAUGGAUCAGCGAGUUCAUUCUGGCCUGCCAACAGAUGACUGUAGCAGGGGCGGUCGUCACAUACUACUUUACCAGAGAUAAAUCUCAGCUGCCUCUGACGCCCAUCUUGUCUUCUGUGAUGUCAGUAAUGCGCUAUCACCUGGGCACGGUGGCCAAAGGAGCCUUCAUCAUCACUCUAGUGGAGAUACCACGCCUCAUCCUCACUUACAUCCACAAUCAGCUGAAAGGCAGCGAGAAUAGCUGUGCUCGAUGCAUGGUGAAAGCUUGUGUCUGCUGCUUGUGGUGUCUGGAGAAGUGCCUCAGCUACCUGAAUCAAAACGCAUAUGUAGCAACUGCCAUUAACAGCACCAGCUUCUGCACAUCUGCCCGAGAUGCCUUCUUCAUCCUUGCUGAGAAUGCACUUCGUGUGGCUACAAUCAAUUCCGUUGGAGACUUCGUCCUAUUUUUAGGAAAGGUCCUGAUUGUGUCAUGCACAGCGUUUGCCGGAGUGCUGGCGCUGAACUAUCAGCGAGAGUACACAGUGUGGGUGCUGCCACUCAUCAUAGUGUGUCUGUUUGCGUUCCUGGUGGCCCACUGCUUUCUCUCCAUCUUCGAGAUGGUGGUGGAUGUGCUGUUCCUCUGCUUCGCCAUCGACACCAAAUAUAACGAUGGCAGCCCAGGCAGCGAGUAUUACAUGGACAAGGCCCUGAUGGAGUUUGUGGAGAGCAGCAAGAAGGCAAUGGCCGAGGAUAAGAGAGCAGCAGGUGGAAACAGCAGGGAAAUGAAACCUAUGACCCGUGGUGGGACGUUGGCGUGAUGCGAUUUGGCCACUGACACCAUUAUGCCUCCAACAGGUGCUACUACUGAGGAACGCUACCAGAUCUUCACUCCAGGGACUUUCUCACUAUAUGCUUAAUUACUUUGAGUUUGUAAUUAAGCACUUGUGUGACAUCUAUGCAUACUUUUCUUGAUAGCCUUUUUGUAUAAAUGAAUAUUUGAUGGUUUUUAGCAAUAAUGUUUUGUAUAUUUUUGGAACUGUAAGAAGUAAUUUUGUAAUUCAGGGGGUUUAGUUUGAGAACUGUUACCUUUUUUUUCCUGUUAUCGUUACAUUAUAUUUUUGUUAUA